GGUGCUUUAGACUUUCCCCAGAAUAUUGGGACAGACAGACAUCAGACAUUCGAGUGAAUAGCCGCUCGUGGAUCCAUCAAAAAAGCAGCCCCCCACGUUGCCUGCGCUGCUUAGUUUCGUUGGCUGCCUCCUGGCUGCAUUCUGAAACCACGCUCCAAAAAGCCCGAGAAUCAUCGCGCGCGAUCAUCAUACAUUCCUUGGCGGUUCCCACACCGGAUCGUGCUUGCGCUCCACAACGGGCGCCAUAGCUUAGACAGCGUCCUGCGAAAACCUGCUCCAGCUGUUGGUUAUCAGGCGCUAAGGUCGACGGGGUGAUAAAUAAAAUGGCGACCUCCCAGCCGGCCGUGCCUCCUGGCAGGCAAUCUCGUGGCUUCAGUUUCGGUGCAAAGUCGGAUCGGUCGCAACGGUCCAGCAAUUCCAGCAAAAGGCCCCAGAUAUCGGAAUCCGCAGACGAGAAACAUCGCCGCCAACUACAUUCCAAAGCCGAUCCCAUGGUUGCUAUGAGCGAAGCGCAACCUAAUUUGGUUGCUCUCGAGCAGUCGACGCUGGGUUCGUUACGGACCAUGCAGCAUAAAGAUCAGUAUGGAAAUAUUAUCACUGAUCCCGAUCUCUCUAACCCCACGCGCCCGCGCUUUGAACGUCCGCUUGAAACCAUCCGAUCUUUUGAGGCGGCAAUUUAUGGGACAUACAGCAGUAGACCUGCUUCGUAUGUAAGGACAGAAUCGACUCCUGCAACUCCGGGGCCAGACCAUAGUCGGCGAGGAAGCUACUUUGGAGCUCAAAACGGCCAUUCGCACCGGGGUCACUAUGAUCAGGGCGGCCAUUACAAUGGUCGCGGGGCCUAUUCGCGACCGGACAGCUAUGUCGAGAAUGGUAACGGCCAGUCCGACAACUAUUACCCCUACAAUCAGGGCGGCGGCCGACCGCGACCACGCCACCAUGCACGGAUGAACACCGACCAAAGUGGAUAUUCACAACACGGCUAUCACAAAUCAUAUGACAACAUGACCGCAGCGUCUGGCUCGGGCUCUGGCAGCAACACCGACGCUUACGGCAACUCCACCGACCCCAGCUCUGUGAAUAGCUCUAUCGAUCAGUUCCAACAACAGCAGCAACAGCAGCAGCAGCAGCAGCAGAUGGCCGAAAACUAUGGGUUCCAAGGAUUUGGUGCCGGGCCGAAUCUGAACGGACAAGCUGGCGCUGGGGGACGGAUUAACUUUGGCAGCAAACCACCAGCGGCUGACCCUAACGCCGGUGGCCCUGUUGGCGGCGGUGCCGCCGUCGCUGCCACAGCCAACCGGCGCCAUCUCCGCAAGGCUACGAAUGACUCUGAAAUGAGCAACGACUCGAAGAAAAAGGGCUGGUUCAAGCGUCGUUUCAGCAAGAACUAGUCGUCUGUGAGCCGGCUCCUCACUUUUUCUUACCUUACACUUACUAUUCGAUGCGUGUUUUCUGAUCCGAUUUGUCUGGGUGUACUAUCUCCGCGGCGUUCAAGAGUCAUGUUCAAGCACAGCAACUGGGAUUUCGGGACGGACUGUAUCGGGUUUGGAUUCGAUUGCAACUUUAUUUUACUCUUUCAUCUUUGCAUGCGGUUGACGAGACCAUGAUACAUGGAUGCCUUUUUUUUCCUGUUCCUCCUUACCUUUUAUUUCUCUGCCAUGACAGUGCAUGAGAUACUAGCCAGUAUGAUGUUGAUUGAUACGGGUGAAGUUGUGAGUAAUGGUACGGUAGUGUGACUGGACUAGGGUGAUAAAUACCUUCCUACUU